AUUUUCGAUCUGAAUCAGAAACGGAACCAGAACCGGGAAGCCUUAAGAGCCCUGAGUAAGGACAUGGAUUCUGCUGACAAAGCCACGGUUUGUUUCGGGACCAUGUUCAUCCAGCUUCCGAAAACGAAGACCCGGGAGAUGCUACAGAGAGAUCAAGAGCUGUUGGAGGAAGAAAUUGCCAAAUUGCAGGAGGAACUCAAAGGGAAAGUCAGCCACCUCAUGGAGGCCCAAGGUAAACCAGAACUGAAAGGCUACAACCUGAAACCCUUGACCGCCGAAGAAAUGUGGUUCAUGAAGAAAGUGGUGGACAACUGAAGCCGUCCUCCCCCCC